UAAGUCGUAACGCAUUUGUUCAGAUUUUUAGUGUCUGUGCUGCUGCUGAAGCGAAGCAUUGUUCAGAUUUUUAAUGCACAGGCUGCUGUUCUCUUGACACAAUCUGAUAAACAAAAUGUAUCCCUCUUGAUGUUUCUCAGAGAAGAUGUUAAAACAAAUUAGUAAGAAGUUAUUGGUUAGAAUUUAUGAAAGUUAAUAUUACUAGAUGUCUGUUGUUUUUAGAAUCUAACCCGAAAUUUCUUUUUGUGUCUGUAUGUCCAUGAUAUUUGAACUUUGAAUUUUUAAGAAUCCAUUUCAUAAAGUUCUUACCUAUAAUAUAUUUUAUAUCAUUAAACUUACUUUUUAUGAAGAAUGGAGACAUAAUGGAAGAUGAGGUCUUCCUAUUACUCUUUUGUAAUAACAGCUUUAUUGAGAUGCAAUUCACAUACCAUUCAAUUCACCUUUUUUAAGCAUACAAUUCGGUGGUUUUAGUGUAUUCGCAGAGUUGUGCAACAAAUACCACUAUCUAAUUUUAGAACAUUUCAUUACCCCCACAAGAAACCCUGUACCCAUUAGCAGAAACUCCUUGAUUCCGUCCUCCCCACAGCCUCUGGCAACCACGAACUCCUAUUAAAUUUUUAGUUUAAGCUUAAUUUUUAGUUCAGUUAAAUAUUGUGUCUGCUAUUACAACGCCCUGUGUUAGGUAUUGGGAAGAUUAUAAAUCCUGGUCUCAAAGUUUAUAAUCAAGUAAAGAAUAAGAGAACUACCAUAUUUUAUGUAUAUGACAAUAUAUAGUAGUGUCAAAAUAGGGAAUUUUGAAUAUUUAAACCUCUCACUUGGGUCACAACUUUAUAGAAUUUUAGUUGUUGAUGCAAAAGUAAUGAGACUCAGAGACAUUACUGUCACAUAGUACUGUGGCACAACCAGAAUAUUAAUAGUUCCUUGACAAAAUCACUUGAGAUCCGGGAUCUUGAAUAAUGAGAGGCAACUGAGUGGUCCUUUUAAGUAUAGGGAAAACAAUAUAAACAAAGCCUUAGGGCAUAUUUAGGAAAUAGCAAGUAGCUGGCUUUGAUUAUUAGAGCUAAAGGUGCAUGAUGUGGCACAACAUGAAAUCAAACUGAUUUUGACAAAAUGGUGAAAGGUUUUGAACUUGAAGAUCCAAGAAUUUCAAUUUAUUAAUUGGGUAAGUAGUGAACGAUGACUAAAAGUUCUUAAGAGAGUGAUGUGAUUGGAUCUAGGCUUUAGGACAGUGCUUCUCAAAUGAUCUGUGAGGGGAGGACCAGUGUAUAAACAACUUUUUUCCAGUCCGUUUCAAAUGGACAUGUUUAGAAAAUAAAAAUGAAUUACAAGAAAAAUGACGACACAAAAUGUAAGCCUACCUUUUUAUUACUACAUUCAACAAACAAAAUUUCUCUGUCAAAUUACUAUAAAAGUUUCUUAAGAUGUAAAAUUACUGUAUGUGUCAUAUCAUGAGUUAGUAACAAAUGUUCAUAAGCUAGCCUUGGUCUGUGGACCACACUUUGAGUAGCACUACUUCAAAGCAAUUAAUUUGGCAUUAGUGUGAGGACAGAGCAAUUGGGAGAUGAUUGCUGGACUAAUGAGGACCUGGACAUGUUGUUAGCAUUGUGAAUUGAAUGGAAGAUUGGAUUCCAGAGACAUUUGGUAAUUUAAAUGAAGGCAUAUGAGAUGAUUAGAUGUGGAUUUGAAGAAGAAGAAAGAAUCAAAAGAUAACUAGAUUUUAAGCUUGAAUGGGAAAAUGGGAGUGCCAGUAGCAGAAGUAGGAACUAGUUUGGAGAUUGGAUUUUCAAUAAAAAAUAAACAUUGUAGCAUUUUCUAUGAAGUAAAAAUAUACAUAUAUCCAGACACAUACUUUUUAGUUUAUAACUUCAAUUUGUCAUCUCAAAAAGCACUUGUAACUUUUUCUUUUCUUGAUUGUAGUAAAUUUUGAAUGUGUAAUUAUGCAAACCCAUAAGGAAAACAGAUGCCCAAGAAGAUUUUAUACUUGAAUCCUUAGUCUCAUUUGUUGUUGCAGUAACUGUCGUUGGGCACUUGGCCAGGAAAUUGUGACUCCUAGGCAAUGGGAGGAGUUACAGAUAAAGUUCACCAUUGCCAAAGAAAUUCUAUUCCAAAUGGAUUUGUGUGGAGCAACAGUGAUAUCCAAUGACAUGUUAAAUUAGACACAGAGGUGUUUUCUCCAGCACUGUCUCGGAAGAUACAUGAUUUUGAAAGGCCUGAUACAGACUAAGCUUCUUGAAGUUAAGUCACAAAAAAACUAUACUAGGGACUUUACAAAGAAUUUUGUUAUGUGACUUCAAGAACUAGUUGACUCAGAUAGUUUCACACUUUUCAAAACAGCAACCAGUGACAGAUGAGGGUGUUUGUGAAUCGAAGCUUAGCCAUGGAAAAGAUAAAGUGUUUUGGUUUUGAUAUGGAUUACACCCUUGCUGGAGAGCCAGUGUAACUCCUUCAAGACUGGAGUGAUACACACUGCAUCUGCAUCUGCCUCAUUGUACAAGUCCCCGGAGUAUGAGUCCCUUGGUUUUGAGCUUACUGUGGAGAGAUUAGUUUCUAUUGGCUAUCCCCAGGAGUUGCUCAGCUUUGCUUAUGAUUCUACAUUCCCUACCAGGGGACUUGUCUUUGACACACUAUAUGGAAAUCUUUUGAAAGUUGAUGCCUAUGGAAACCUCUUGGUCUGUGCACAUGGAUUUAACUUUAUAAGGGGACCAGAAACUAGAGAACAGUAUCCAAAUAAAUUUAUCCAGCGAGAUGAUACUGAAAGAUUUUACAUUCUGAACACACUAUUCAACCUACCAGAGACCUACCUGUUGGCCUGCCUAGUAGAUUUUUUUACUAAUUGUCCCAGAUAUACCAGUUGUGAAACAGGAUUUAAAGAUGGGGACCUCUUCAUGUCCUACCGGAGUAUGUUCCAGGAUGUAAGAGAUGCUGUUGACUGGGUUCAUUACAAGGGCUCCCUUAAGGAAAAGACAGUUGAAAAUCUUGAGAAGUAUGUGGUCAAAGAUGGAAAAUUGCCUUUGCUUCUGAGCCGGAUGAAGGAAGUAGGGAAAGUAUUUCUUGCUACCAACAGUGACUAUAAAUAUACAGAUAAAAUUAUGACUUACCUGUUUGAUUUCCCACACGGCCCCAAGCCUGGUAGCUUCCAUCGACCAUGGCAGUCCUACUUUGACCUGAUCUUGGUGGAUGCACGGAAACCACUCUUUUUUGGAGAAGGCACAGUACUGCGUCAAGUGGAUACUAAAACUGGCAAGCUGAAAAUUGGUACCUACACAGGCCCCCUACAGCAUGGUAUCGUCUACUCAGGAGGUUCUUCUGAUACAAUCUGUGAUCUGUUGGGAGCCAAGGGAAAAGACAUUUUGUAUAUUGGAGAUCACAUUUUUGGGGACAUUUUAAAAUCCAAGAAACGACAAGGGUGGCGAACUUUUUUGGUGAUUCCUGAACUUGCGCAGGAGCUGCAUGUCUGGACCGACAAGAGUUCACUUUUCGAAGAGCUUCAGAGCUUGGAUAUUUUUUUGGCUGAACUCUACAAGCACCUUGACAGCAGUAGCAAUGAGCGUCCAGACAUUAGUUCCAUCCAGAGACGUAUUAAGAAAGUAACUCAUGACAUGGACAUGUGCUAUGGGAUGAUGGGAAGCCUGUUUCGCAGUGGCUCCCGGCAGACCCUUUUUGCCAGUCAAGUGAUGCGUUACGCCGACCUCUAUGCAGCGUCUUUCAUCAACCUGCUGUAUUACCCAUUCAGCUACCUCUUCAGGGCUGCCCAUGUCUUGAUGCCUCAUGAAUCAACGGUGGAGCACAUACAUGUAGAUAUCAAUGAGAUGGAGUCUCCUCUUGCCACCCGGAACCGCACAUCAGUGGAUUUCAAAGACACUGACUACAAGCGGCACCAGUUGACACGGUCAAUUAGUGAGAUUAAACCUCCCAACCUCUUCCCACUGGCUCCCCAGGAAAUUACACACUGCCAUGAUGAAGAUGAUGAUGAGGAAGAGGAAGAAUAAGGAGGAAAACCAAAACACCGAGCACCCAUUAAACAAGUCCUGGCAGGACUCACAGGAACAGAUGUCCCUGUUAGGGUUCUACUGGGGGGGAGGGAGGGGGGCUACAUGAAAGGUACAUCUGAAAAGUUUCUGAAGAUUCUAUUGUUAUCAUAGAGAGAUACUUGUUUUGGUUUUGUGUAUCUGUACUCUCUGCAGGUGGUCCAAAACUGUAAUGGAGUCUGUAUUAGAAGAAAAUAAGGGUAAAACCAGGCUGAACUGCAUGCUGGCUCCAUUGUGGCUUGUGACACUUUUUAAAAAUCAUCAGUAUGUCAUAGUGUAUCUGGAUACACAAGGGGUGGUGAAGGGUCUCAAGAGUAGAACAAAAAGAGUGGGAAGAGGUGAUCUGAAAUGCUGUAAUGUUACAAAUUGUGCUAUAACAACAACUCCAAGAUCCACCUUUUUCAGUGCAUUACAUGGUGUAUUGUAUAUCAUCAGUGGAGAAAUAUAUUAUAUCCAUGA